AUUAUCGGUACGUCUGUGAAACAUCACUUUUUGGACUGAUUUAUUGACCGAAAGAGAAUGACUUUAAAACCAAUCUAUUUCUUGACAUUAAUAUCUCUAACAGCAUCACAAGAUUUAACAAAUUAUGAAGGGUAUAAAGUAUAUCAAGUGGUACCAGAAACUCUUGAUCAAGCCAGUUUGAUAAAUAAAUUCCAGUAUGACAUCAAUUUUGACUUCUGGACCGAAAUUCGCUUACUUAACGCCCCUGUUGAUGUUAUGGUGGCACCACUUGCUCAAGAAUCCUUUGAAGCUGUACUGAAUACGGAAAAUAUAGAAUACUCGACACUCAUCGAAAAUGUUGAGGAGACACUUCAAAAACGUAAUCGUAGGAGAAAAAGAGCAACUGUUGAAGCAGGGAAUGUUACUUUCACAGAAUUCAUGCGUCAUCAAGAAAUACUCGCAUACAUACACCAAGUGGCAGCAGACCACGCUGACGUGGCAAGCACCGAAGUAAUAGGCAAAUCUUUCGAGGGUCGAGACCUGACCAUUAUAAAGAUAUCAACUGGGGGUUCAGACAAACCAAUAAUAUAUAUCGAGGCAGCGAUUCAUGCCAGAGAGUGGAUCUCUCCACCUGUAGCUUUGUACAUAAUAAAUCAGCUCGUCGAGAACCCUGAAAAUUCGGAUAUGUACCAAGACGUCGACUGGGUUAUUCUUCCGGUAGUGAAUCCCGACGGGUACGAAUAUACCCACACGGAUGUGCGCCUCUGGAGAAAAACGCGCACACCAGGUACCAUCUGCUACGGUGUAGACGCAAACAGAAACUUCGAUUACCAGUGGAUGGUUACAGGGGCUAGUAACUGGCAAUGCAGUGAGACUUACGCUGGACACGUUGCAUUUUCCGAAGUGGAAACACGUACCGUAAGAGAUUACCUUCUGGCGAAUACACCCAACGUCAAGCUGUUCCUAGACUUACAUAGCUAUGGGCAGUGGCUGCUGUACCCAUGGGCUUACACAUCGGACCUUGUGGAAAAUAUAGAAGAACUUCAUUCUUUGGGAGACCGAGUAAAUGACGCAAUUUAUGCUGUUAGAGGUACUAAUUAUACUGUAGGUAGUUCAAAUGCAAUAUUGUACGCUUCAUCUGGAGGUAGCAGAGAUUGGACCAAAGCUGUUGCAGGCAUUGAUCUCGGAUACACUGUCGAAUUACCUAGAGGAGGGGAUUCUGGCUUCGAUCCGGAUGCUUCGGAUAUCCUACCGGUGGUGACUGAGACUUGGGAGGGAGUUAAAGUGUUUUACGAAUACGUUAGAGAUAAAUAUGUUAACUAAAGACAUCUUGUGAAAGUAUGUUGUUCUAAAUAAAAUUAUCUUUCAAAAACAUAAAGAG